UUCCGGCUGUAGUCGGACAGUAGUAAGGGGAGAAAAAAAAAUCUGGUUGCUAUGAAUUUGGGCUAGCUAGCCACCGACAGCUCUGAGCACACAUGAGUAAGAACACCCAUGUCAAGACACAAGGAGGAUCUUCGAAGUCUUGCGCCGCUUCUGUGUACGUGUAGGGGCACAGCAGCCUGCCCGCCGACCUCCCGUGAAUCGAUCCAGCUGGCUCACUGACUAUACCAGAAGACGUGUGCCAGCUCAUUUCAAGACCCAGGGAUUUCUGAAUCCAGAAGAUGAACGGUCUGUCCAUACGAGAGCUAUGCUGCCUGUUCUGCUGCCCCCCGUGCCCCAGUCGCAUUGCAGCCAAGCUGGCUUUCCUCCCCCCAGAGCCCACCUACGCCCUUCUCCCUGACCCAGAUCCAGUUUCUGGGGCUGGAGCUGCGCCUGGUUCCAGCUCAGGAGCUGCUCCCCCAUCCCUUGGAGCCCCAGGACUGCGUUCCCGGCUGGGCACUGGAAGCGGAGGUGACAGAGGAGGUGGAGGUGCUGGUGGAGGGGGGGGAGGUGGAGGUGGUGGUGGUGGUGGUGGAGGUGGUGCCGCCGCUGCCGCCGCUGGCGGCAGCAGCAGCAGCAGCGCUGGAGGUGGAGGUAGUGCGGGCGAAGGCAGGUGGAAGUUGCAUCUCACUGAGAGAGCAGAGUUCCAGUAUUCGCAGAGAGAGCUGGAUGUGACAGAUGUGUUCCUGACCAGGUCCAGCCGAGGGAACAGGGUUGGAUGCAUGUACAUCCGCUGUGCCCCAAACGCCAGGUUUACAGUGCUGUUUUCCCACGGUAACGCAGUAGACCUGGGCCAGAUGAGCAGCUUCUAUAUUGGCUUAGGCACACGCAUCAACUGCAACAUCUUCUCCUAUGAUUACUCAGGCUACGGUGUUAGCACUGGCAAGCCCUCUGAGAAGAAUCUUUAUGCUGACAUUGAUGCCGCCUGGCAUGCCCUGCGCUCCCGGUAUGGCAUCAGCCCUGAGAAUAUAAUCCUGUACGGACAGAGUAUAGGCACUGUGCCCACAGUAGACUUGGCCUCACGCUUUGAGUGUGCUGCUGUGGUCCUCCACUCUCCUCUCACGUCUGGCAUGAGGGUGGCAUUCCCCGACACCAAGAAGACGUACUGCUUCGAUGCUUUCCCAAACAUCGAGAAGGUGUCAAAGAUCCCGUCUCCAGUGCUCAUCAUCCACGGUACCGAGGACGAGGUGAUCGACUUCUCCCACGGCCUCGCCCUGUUUGAGCGCUGUCCCAAGGCAGUGGAGCCCCUCUGGGUGGAGGGAGCAGGUCACAACGACAUUGAGCUUUACAGUCAGUACCUGGAAAGGCUACGGCGCUUCAUCAACCAGGACCUCGCCGCACAGCAUGCCUGAGAAACGAACAACAACCUCUCUGCGUUUGUGUGAAUGAGAGUUUGUGUGUGUGUGUGUGAGACAGAGUUUGAGGAAGAGGAUGUCAUCAUUUAGACCUAAAAAGGAUGUGAUUUUUUUUUUCCCCCCCAACAUCUGUGUGUCUAUGAAGCAGCACACCUUCAGGUUAAUUUUCAACACAACCUAGUUUCUGUUUCCUGUUUUAAAGGUUAGAGCGUUUUUUAAAAUCUGUCAUUAGCCGCAUCCACCUGAACGGUGGAGUGAGAUGAAGAUGCUAAGAAAAAAACAAAACAAAAAGUGAGAUAUGAUACAAAGACAGUUUUUAACAUGGGAAAAAAAAUUAUGAAUUGCAGCUUUAAAAUGUGUUUACUCACGUGAAUUAAGAAGGAAGAACAAUGUGCUUUGUCCCAAAAGGCUCACAGAUGUUAUUUCCAAGUGUGACAGGUCGGUGAAUGUAUGUAUGAAUCAUGGAUGUGUAUGUUGAGUGUAUAUUCAUAUCUCCAUGGACCUGCGUGUGUGUGUGACUGCGUUAAAGUGAGGCAAUGAGAGAAACUGACAUCCUGUUAACUUGGACCGAUACAAAUAUUAGUCUUUUUUUUGUUUUGUUUUUGCAAAUGUAUGAAUGAAGAAUACCUCCACUGCUCGACCAGUUCUCUUUCCAGUGGACACUGGUCGAGCAUGUGCCCCCACCCCCUCCUCCCCCACUCCCUGUGUACCUUUUCAUGGACGUCCAUCUGACUGCCAGGGCAUUUCCCAAGUUUUUAUCCAGCUAAACACUAACCUACUCUCUUCGGUGGUUUGAGGGUCCACCCUCUUUUUCCUCUGGUGUCAGUUGCAGUGGGUACAGACAGAAGGAUUAGACUGGAACACUGUUGUUUGCUUGUUUGGCUGCUGGGUGUCUCAUACGUUCCCCUCAUUUCUGACUCUUUGAAAAAGAUCACAGAAUGGCCAGCAUCUAUUUAAUUCCCUGGCUGUGCUUUAGCUUUCACUGUCCGCAGAACAGCAGCGGCAACCUGAAGUGAAUUAUUUUGUUCUCUCUGUGUUGCUUCUCCCCCCAAUCAAAGAUAUUCUUAACACAAAUUGAUGGGCUGUUUGAAAUGGAAACAGGUCUUUGAGAGCCACACUGAGGAUAUCUCCGGUGAUGUGGAUGUUUUUAGGCGUUAGGGAAACAGUUCACACAGUAGUUUUCAUGUCAUAUUAGAUCAGUCUGCUCUAAACAGAAGGCUGUAGCCUUGCAGUGUUUACUGAUCACUACUGUGAUGUUUAAAGGCAGAAGUAAAUCAGAUUUAAAGGAAUAGGCUUUUGGCGAAUUCAUAUAACUCUGUGCACAUCACCUGAUGUAAAACCACAGAGCUGCUGGUAGGCCGGUGUCUUACCUAUGGACACUGGCUGCUAGAGAGCUAUCUAGAUAGCUAGAUAGCUAUCUAUCUCAUCUAACUCCCUGCAAGAAAUGAAAUAAGCAUAUUUUCCACAGACUGGCUUGGAGCGUGAUGUUACGUCUGGAUUUCGAGGCUUUAAAGGCAUAAAGAGACAAAGUAGCUGCUCCCUUCACAAAACUCCCCUCAGAACGACCAUACUUCAUCUGAACCAUGCUGAUUAACUUGUAGUCUUACGGCACAGUUUGCUUUCCACGUCUCGUCCCAGUAGCAUUCAUCAUCACCAGAGUUCGACCGGCUCCCGUUCGUAUUCACCCCGGGCACAUUUUUCUUCUAACGUGUUUGUCUUGAAGUAAUUAAUCCGAGCGUGUUCGUCGUAGUGUAGGGCCAUGGACUGUUUGUUUCAGAACCAUGCGUGUAGAUGUUAUGACUAACAAUGUGCUUCAGAUCAGGUGCCAGGACGGGAACAUCGUGCCCACGACAGCUGCGUUUUUUAACCUCUGUGACCCUAAAUGUAGGAGCUCUCUUAUGGGUGGCAACAGGCUUCAUGUCUGACACGAGCCAUAGUUGAGCCUCUCACUGUUGGUGUGGUGCAGGUUCCACCACACGCGCACACGCACAUACACACACAUAUAUACACACACAUAUAUACACACACACACACACACACACACACACACACACAUAUACAGUUACACACACACACACACACACUCAAACACUACAUGUAUACACAUACUGUAAUAUACAGUAUAUUUACACAUUUAUAUAUAUAUCAGAUCAAGCAUGGCAAAAGCAGGUCUUAAGUUCAGCACUAUUGUACAAAGCAUCUAAAGUGUAAUAAGGGUAUAAAAUGUAAGUUUGUGUGUCUUUUAUUAUUGACUGUCUUCUACAGGCCAGCGUUAAGGACACAAGCCUCCUGUUUGAAAUAUGUGCUAACAGGCCCCGUGUGCGGGCCUGACAAAAACUACAAGGAUUGGUUUUGGAGUCGCAGACGAGCGCAGCUCUUCAGGUCUACACACACUAGCUGUAGAGAAGACCCGUCAUUUUCAGUGGUAGCAGCUGUGUCUUGUCAAACGGAACUAGCACUAAUGUGAUUACUCCAUUUUGGGAGUACCAGUGGGUCUCAGUCGGUGGUGAGAAGGUUACCGAGCACCACUUGCCUGCUGUCAUCAUUUCGAACAGGGAAUUUCACCAUUUCUCAUCCUGUGCUUUGUGUCGCUGAAAAUGUAAAUAAUGGAAAUCUGUUACCACCUCGAACCAGGGAUCUGAGCUGUCGGAAGAAGUAGAGAAGAGUUUUCGCUUUUUCUCUGGAUAUGGAAGGAGGCCUCAGUUUUUUUUCUUUUCUGGACAGUUUGUAUUAUCAGGGAAACCACUGGAUCCACUUUUCAUUCAUGGGGUUUGGUUCAAGAAAUGGGGUGAAAAAUGUCACCAUUUUACUGAUGCACCACUAUGGUUGACGUACAUUGUGUCCUCUGGCCCUGAAUGUUUAUUGAUGGGGGGUUGGGGUGUGAAACAGUGAAAACUGUAUGCAUGUUUAUUGUGUUUUGCCGAGCAAGUGACAGGGCCGGACGUUAACUCUGUUAUGUAUUCUGUGUGAGGGUAAAGCUGAACUCAUAGCAUAUGAACAUUGAAGCGCUUUUAAAAAAAAAAAUGAACUUAAAAAAAACUCGGGACAUUUAUUUGAAAUUUUUUAUUGCUGAUACUAA